AGAGAGAGAGAGAGAGAGAGAGAUGGGUUCAGUUUCAUUUGUUAUCCACUAAUCCCUUCUAGACUUCUUCAUAAUGAAUCAAUGCAUUCAAAUUGCGUCGAUUGCAUGGUUCUUUCCCGCGUUUUGCCCCGCCCCCACCGGCCCCGCUGCCUCGCGCGCGCCCUCUUAAUUGGCGCGCGCUGUGCACGUAGCGUCCACGGGUUUUUUUUCUUUUUCUUUUUUUUCUUCUUUUUUUUUGCGCGUGCCGCAUUCUGUCCCCCGUCCGCGUCAGAGGACUGAAAAGACACACGGCCGAGAUGCUCACGGUGAGUGUCGCGCGCGCGCGCGUUCUCGCGCAGUAUCAGCUCGAGAAGAUCUUUCAGGGGUUUUUCGAGUCAUCUCCAUCAUAAUCAUCAUCUCCAUCAUCACGAGGAUGAUCAUUCUGCCUGGAACUAAGCCAAAAAACUGACUGCGACAUCGCUCUUGCUGUCCAAACAAGGUCAAACAGUUUGAAGACGGCACCUCGUCAUGGGCAGGAACAGAGGCACCGACCCAACUGGCAAGCGCGCCGUCUAUCUACCUGACAUAGUCCAGCUGGAGUAAGACGAUUCUUUUUGCUUUUCUUUUGGGAUUUCUGUUCUUUCAGUAUCAGCAAAAUGUCAAAUCCCAAGGAACCAGUGUGGCUACCUGCUCGUCCGUCCUGGCUGAACUUUAGUACGCUGCUUCGGAUCUUCAUCCUGACUUCAGGAGUAGCAGUCGUCACUUGUCAGCCGGUCCAAUACACUACAGUCACAACAAAUUAUGGGAAACUCCGUGGAUUUAGGGCGGCAUUGCCUAGUGAGAUCCUGCGGCCUGUGGAGCAGUACCUGGGCGUACCCUACGCCAUGCCCCCUACAGGAGAAAGACGGUUCCAGGCACCUGAACCACCCAAUUCCUGGUCUGGCAUCAGGAACGCCACGCAGUUUGCCCCUGUUUGUCCUCAGUUCCUGGAGGACAGAUUCCUGUUGAGUGACAUGCUGCCUGUUUGGUUCACGGCUAAUCUGGACACGGUGGCUACUUACGUACAAGACCAGAGCGAGGACUGCCUGUAUCUGAACAUCUACGUGCCCACAGAUGAAGAUGUAAGCGGUGAGGAAGAGGACGUGCUCAAACCGGUGAUGGUGUACAUUCAUGGUGGCUCUUAUGUUGAAGGAACGGCGAACGUGAUUGACGGGAGCGUCCUUGCCAGCUACGGCAAUGUCAUUGUCGUCACCGUCAACUACCGACUGGGAGUUUUAGGGUUCUUGAGCACAGGCGAUCAAGCUGCCAAGGGGAAUUAUGGACUCUUGGACCAGAUUCAGGCCCUCAGAUGGGUAAAAGAGAACAUCCAGGUUUUUAAUGGAGAUCCUCGAAGAGUGACAAUAUUCGGGUCUGGAGCUGGAGCGUCAUGUGUCAGCCUGUUGACUUUGUCCCACUAUUCCGAAGAUCUGUUCCAGAAAGCAAUCAUUCAGAGUGGUACAGCUCUGUCUAGCUGGGCCGUUAACUACCAGCCAGCCAAGUACACGCGAAUGCUGGCUGAGAAGGUGGGCUGCAACGAGGACGACUCUAUGGAAAUGAUCCAGUGCCUCCAGAAUAAGAACUACAAAGAGCUCAUCGAGCAAAACAUAACUCCUGCCAAGUACCACAUUGCUUUCGGACCUGUAAUUGAUGGAGACGUUGUGCCAGAUGACCCACAGAUCCUGAUGGAGCAAGGCGAGUUUCUGAACUACGAUAUCAUGCUCGGGGUAAACCAGGGCGAGGGCUAUAAAUUCGUGGACGGUAUCGUGGACAACGAGGACGGCGUUGCUGGAAAUGACUUUGAAUUUGCUGUGUCGGACUUCGUGGAUAACUUGUAUGGCUAUCCAGAAGGGAAAGAUACCCUGCGAGAGACAAUAAAGUUCAUGUACACAGAUUGGGCAGAUAAGGAGAAUGCAGAAACGAGACGUAAAACGUUGGUUGCGCUUUUUACGGAUCACCAGUGGGUGGCGCCCGCCGUGGCCACUGCGGAUCUACACGCUCAGUACGGUUCACCUACGUAUUUCUAUGCCUUCUACCACCACUGCCAGAGCGAAAUGAAGGCAGGCUGGGCAGAUUCUGCUCAUGGAGAUGAACUUCCAUACGUUUUUGGCAUCCCAAUGAUUGGCCCAACUGAUCUCUUCAGCUGCAACUUCUCUAAGAAUGAUGUAAUGCUGAGUGCUGUGGUUAUGACCUACUGGACUAACUUUGCUAAAACUGGAGACCCAAACCAACCGGUUCCCCAGGAUACGAAAUUUAUUCACACCAAACCUAAUCGCUUUGAAGAAGUAGCAUGGUCCAAAUACAAUCCGAAGGACCAGCUGUAUCUUCACAUUGGUCUCAAACCUCGUGUCCGAGACCACUACAGGGCCACGAAGGUUGCUUUCUGGCUUGAGCUAGUGCCACAUUUGCACAACAUCAAUGAACUUUUCCAAUACGUAUCAUCAACCACCAAGAUCCCGCCUCAGGAUACGACUCCUUUCUCAUACACCAAGCGCUUAUCCAACAAACUCUGGCCGUCCACCACCCGGCAUCCCUCGGUUCCUUCGUCCAACACCAAGCAGUCCACAGACCAGCAGAAGAAUUCGGAGCAUGAGGACAGUUCUGUAACCAUAGAAGCUCGAGACUAUUCCACCGAAUUGAGCGUCACUAUCGCCGUCGGAGCGUCCUUGCUCUUUCUAAACAUCUUGGCCUUCGCAGCCCUCUAUUACAAGAAGGACAAGCAUCGUUUUGAGUCCACUCGGCGUCCGAGUCCGCCGAGGAACCUUGUUAAUGAUGUACCAAGGGUUCCAAGCGAGGAUCUAAUGUCCUUGCAGAUGAAGCAACUAGAUCACGAUCAUGAUUGUGAGUCAUUACAGGGGCACGACAUGCUCAGGCUCACUUGUCCUCCGGACUACGCCCUCACUUUACGCCGUUCCCCGGACGACUUCCCAAUCAUGACGCCGAACACCAUCACCAUGAUCCCCAAUUCUCUCUCGGGUAUUCAGUCACCGUACCAUCCUUUUAAUCUGUAUGCCAACAGCACUCCGAGCAAUACCGGCCUCCCUCAUGGACACUCUACCACUAGAGUAUAAUUCAGUGCCAAUGACUGUACUUUACAAGCAGCAGAUUAUUAUUUAAGUCAAACAGAGUGCACCUGCUUGUUUGGAGACGAGCACCAAAGGUGUUAUUUUAUUACCGACUACUCUAUGAACUAUCUCAAAUAACCUGUAUAAUGUGAACAAUGAAUGUAAUGAUUUUCACAUUUAUGGCAAAGCCAAGUAAGCAUAGGACUCUCCUUUGAUCUCUAGGACUACGCUAGCCUAUAUGAGAAAACCCAUCGUUUGUGUCCUGAUCUCUUUGCUUAGAUUGCGCAGUGAUCUCCCUCAAUCCUGUCAGUAAUAUCAUCAGGGUUUUUUUGUUGAUUGGUUGCUCUGAUAGAAGCAAUAGAUGCAUUCGCCGUGAUCAUCGCAGCUGUCUUUAAGCACUGAGAUCAAUAUUUCAUUAUUUAUUGAGCUAAAAGUUUUGCUAUAAUUAGGCUUGUGCAGUAUUGACUUUUCCCUGCUCGCAAUUCACCAUUUAAAUAAAAAAAAAAAAAACUGAUUUAAUUAUCCAGAACCGAAAAAGAAAACGAUCAUUUCCAAACCCAUUUGAGAUUUAAGGAGACCAGACUGAUAGAUUUGAUCUUGCCUUAAUGAACCGAAAACAUUCUCCAUUUACCUUUGCAGAAAGCAAGCUCACGCCGCGAGUCCCGAGAACGCUGAGAUCGUGAGAGGUGAGGAAAAGGGGCGGGGCUCCCAGGCAGUUUGUUUGAUUGGAGAGAAAACAUCUGCACGGCGUACUCUGUUGUAAAAUGACUCCAGUGCUAUACAAACUGCGUGAAGGUUUGCAGGUCUGGUAAUAUAAUAUAAACGGAAUAAAGGUCACUGGAUAUUGUGUAGAGAUGACGAAAUCGUUAUGUCGCACAAGCCUAAUUAUAAUGUUAUGUCUCCUCAUAACGGCAUUUCCUGAGAUCCUGACACAAGGGAACAUUAAGAGAUCCGGAUAUCAUUGUUCCGUUCAUACAGUUUCAAUCCAGACAAAGAGAUCAGAGUGCAGUGUAAAUAUCUGUGCCAUGUAUUGAGUGCUCAUUCUGUAAAUCUUACGAGCUUAGCUCCUAAAGGUAAUUGCCUUAAACGGGCAAUAAUCCUAUUUCUCAGUCCAAAUACUGCUUAUUUAAGAGCCUAAGGUAAUGUAUAUAGCUUAGGAUAAAGCACAAAAUGAAGAAAAGGCUAGUGCUUGUAUUGUUGUUUCACUUCUAAAGACAUGUGCUUCAUGCAGACGCUGUCUAUCUUCUCCAUUUCAUCCAUUCUUAACAUGCUGUUGGUGUUUUAGAUCUCAUUCUCAUGCUGAUCGGUUACUCCGUGCCUCAAAGGCUGAAUGUCUUUUGUGAUUUUCGAAAACGUCCAAAAAUCGAGAAACUACUUGUGUGAAUGUCAAACUUUGCCAGUCCUCAGGAAGUGUCAACAGACAUGCUGUCAUUUAUUUACUGCCUACACAUUACAGUGGAGACAAGUCGCAGGAUUUUAUAGCCCAGCUGUUUUUAUCCGCAUCCACAGCUCGUAGCUCGUUAUACAUCACGAAAGGUUUGAUUUAAGCCUGACCGCGGUUAGAGUUCCAGAAUUUAGUACCUUACACUCCAGAGUUGCUUCAUUUACAGAGAAAUCAAUGUGCGAUGCUUUGAUGAUUUGUCCACCAUUAAAGUCUCACGAGGGCAAGGAACCAUAGAGACAUUUCUAAGAACCAUUCUCCCAUCUGCAGUGUGAUGAUGUCAUACAGCACAGCCCUUUAAAACCAAUGCUCUGAAAUUCUUAACUGAUAUCAGACUGAUGCGGUUUCACAAAAACAGUUUUUUUAGAAUUAGAAAAAGUGUACUAAACAUUCUUACUAACCUUGAGACUUCAGAACGAGAGAUUUUUUCCCCUAAACAUCCCCAGACAGGUUCAGGUUUCAGACUUUUAUGGAUUUAUGGAUGAAAAAAAAAAAGAAACAGAAAUAUAGUUACGUAAAUAUAGCUGCACACAACAUCUGUGGGGUCCAAGCACCAAUCGCAAGCAGUGCCCCUUGUUAUCCUGUCAAAUGCCUGCUGGAUGAUGAUGAUGACGGCCAUGCUUUUAGAUAAUCAGGUCAUCAUGAAAAAUCCACAUACAGACUAGCACAAGGAUGCAGUCUACCAAAUUUCGGUUGGACCAGACGUACAGUCCCUGAGAUAAUUAUUAUCAUUAUUAGAGAUAAUAAUUAUUCAGGUUCAAACUCAACUAAGUAUUUUGACAGAUUUUGUGAAGCUCCAAAAAAAAUCGUAGAACUAGUUUACAGAAGUAGGUCUUAGAUAUUAGCUCAGAAUUUAAGUGGGUGGAGCUAAAUCAUUCUUGAGACUUUAUUGUUUGGUAAAUGGCAAGGAAUCAGGAAACAAAAGAAUUUCCACAAUAUAACUCAUAUCUCACUAUCCUGAUAAACAGCAGCAGCAGAAGAAUAAAAACAAGAAGACAAACAAAACAAUUCGGUUCCAGCAUUUUUGGUGCUUUGACCCCUAAUUAUCGCUGAGGAUUGCUCUUGCAUGCAUGUCAGGGGGUGUGGCCUGUUAAAUAGUCACUUGUUCUUGACCUUUUGACUCUCAUACAUAAAGUUAGGAGAAUGAAGAGAAAAUGUUUUGUUUCAGAAUGAUACUCAUCUGGUCAUUUUUGAAUGAUUUCUCCGUGUAUGGCUUCCGAUACUUACACUGAGGUUUUUUCUUUAUUAUAAAGGCAGUCCGUGUAUAUAUUUAUUCUUCUCCUGUAUUUUCGAGCUGGAUUUGUUUAAUCUGAGGAGGUACUAUAUAAUAAUAUUAUUAUUUUAAUCUACUAUAAAUGUCUAUCGUCUUAAAGUAAUUAUUCCACCCAACGUAAAAGUUCAGAUUUACGUCACGGUAACGUAAUAACAAAACAUGGGACUUUGUUGUUGUUGUACAUCUGCGCUACGAUGAAUACAUGCAGGCUGUCGGUGUGGAUUUGAUGAUGUUAUGGAUAUUUGUUAUCCAAGUCAAAUCACCUGGAAAUGUCAUUAUAGAUCACACUAAUCCAUCUUUAACAUGACUUCAGGCUUCACCAAUAAAAGCUCUGAUGCUGGUCUGCUGUAACCUGUGAAUGAUGGAAACCUGAAGUCAUCUCAAUAGGACUAACAGAUGUCUCGGCCCAGUUCAGAACGGAUUUGUUAGACAGCAGGGUAAACUCGCAGUUAUUUUUGAAAUGUUUGCUUUUGGCUCGCCAUGUAUGAGACUUUUCUGCUGUCAUUUCUAAAAUAAAAGUAUAAUAAAAGAUUGUAGAUUUUUGUCUGUUGUUAUUCCACUCACUGACUCGUGCUGAAGCACACUUCCCAUCCAUAUUUGCUGAAGAAUUUUAUAUUAAGUGCCUUCGUUUUGUUUAUUUUGUUCACAAUGCACAUUUUCAAACUGUGGAAAAUUUUCCAUGCCUAAUGGAUCAUUAAAAAAAACAAAAACACGUCCAAACUUCUUUCUUUUUGAAGAAACGUCCAAAUCACAAGCUCCCUGGGCAUUUAUUGUGCAUUUUGUGUACACUUUGUGGACAAUACACC